AUUUUUUUCAAUACCCUUGUUUAAACUUUUCUUGAUUGUCCACGUCACAUUUCACUUCCAAAAGUUUGGCGAAUUAUCCACACAAGCUGGUGAAAUAGCUUUGUCUUGCCGAAUGUUGUGCGCAGAAUUUACAUUGCACAAGUUGCAUCACAAGGGAAGUUGCUGUUGUGGGGAGCAAAGGUUAAUAGUCUAAUUGACAGAGGACAAAUUUGGAGGCUAGCCACAUCAUCUUUUUUGCAUGCAAAUAUUGGGCACCUUAUGGUUAACUGUUAUUCAUUGAAUUCUGUUGGUCCUACUGUGGAGAUUACUAGUGGUCCAAGGAGAUUUAUUGCAGUUUACUUGACCUCUGCUAUUGCAACUAUGAGUUACUGGUUCUGCAAGGCACCUGCAAUUGGUGCAUCAGGAGCAAUCUUUGGACUGGUGGGAUCAGUUGCUGUGUUUGUAACAAGGCAUAGAGGCAUGAUAGGAGGUGGCAGAGAAGAACUGCAGCACAUAGCACAAGUGAUUGUCCUAAAUAUGGUUGUUGGACUAAUGUCUAAGGGCAUUGAUAAUUGGGGGCAUUUUGGGGGCUUGAUUGGUGGAGUUGCAACAUCAUGGCUUCUUGGACCAGCCUGGAAGUACAAGUCCAUGUCCAUAGAUGGUCGACGUGUUUUUGUUGAUAGACCACCUAUUUCCUACCUUACCAACAGAAGAAAAUAACUUAGCAGCUUACACUGUUAUGUUUCCAGCUAGAUGUGUGACUGCGUAAAUACUCUUCAAUGUAAAGAACAAAUGCUUGCAGAGUAAACAGUUCAUGACAAUUUUUGUUAUGUGUACUGAAUUGAACCAGUUUUUUCCCA